CAACAGUAGUCUCUUUUCAGCCUGCAGGAGAGCUGCAUUAAAUUACUUGUAGCUCAGGGAAGUGUGAGUGGGCAAAGUGGGACACUGUACAAAUUGACUUUGCUUUCUUAUGAUAGUCUAAUAAAUUAGGUUAGCAUUCAGUGUGGAAAGUUUGGAAGAGACAUUUGCUAUUUUAAUAGAAGCAUGGAGCAAUGCGCUUUAUCUAAUCCAGGCACAGCUCGGCCAGAGGUUUCACAGUGCAAGGAGUUGGAUCACAGAACAGGGACUUCAAAAGAGACCAACAGACUUCUAAUGAGUUAUCAGUCAUCCUCAAUAGCUCUGUGCCAUCCAGAGGUGAAAGUGAGGCUCCACAGGAUGAGCUCACAAAUUUGAGUGGAACCAAGAUGGAACAACGGGUGAAAUAUGUGGAAGACAAACUCAGGGAAAUGAAUGCUCGAUUUGAAGGCGCAGAGAAACGACUAGAGGUUUUGCAAGAACGGCUCAGUCAGGAAGCAGCAAGUGAGACUGAUUGCUGUGGCUCCAGAUCACAGGAAGCCUCCAACAAUAGUCAGUGCUUCGCUCAGAACCCUGGAUUGGAGCCUGUCUUGGCCAAUGCAAUGAGAAGUCAUAAGUUCUCUGAGAACCUGAAUGACCCUUGUCAAGAAGCAGAUGUGCUGGAAAUGUACAAUGGGCUCAGGACACAUGAAUGGGAGAAAGCCAAAUGUGCUGCAAGUGGCUCUGCCUUCCCAAUGACAUAUGAAAAAGGUAGCACCAUAAUUAAGGCUGUGUUUUCUAUAUGUGAAGAAGAUCUGUCACAAAGACUGACGCGAAUUUUUGAACUCCUUGAGAUUCCAGUUUCGAAGAAAACCACAAGCCUCUUUGACAGCCAACAGCUGCCCCCUGGGCUGGCAAGAGAGAUAAAGAAUCACCUUAAACAUCUCUAUUUUAACUAUGGAGAAGACUUUUACCAAGCCAAGAGUAGGCCUUCACUUCCUCCUGAUCUACAGAAGUUUCAGCCACUUGUACAUUUCACAGCAGAGUGCUACAAAAUUUACUGUUUGUUGCUUCUUCAGAACCCACCCAUUAAAGCUGUGUGGCCCACAGAGGAAAGAAUCCCAAUCUCUUGCAUACAGCAUGUGGACAAUAAAAACGUGGAAGAUAGGAUGCUGUUAAACUUUCUGUGGCCCGUGCUGGCAUGUGGGAGACUAGUAUUUAAGAAAGCUGUAAUCUAUGAUUAAAUGGAAUGGCUGUUUGGAAUCUGAUUAUACCUCUGAGUUAUAAAACAAUUAAAAAAAUAGUGAAAGAGUAGCCUUGCAGUUUGCGUCUUUUUUUUCAGAAAAUGCUCAGGUUUUAGCUCUUGUAGCAUAUACUCCUGGAAGGGGAUGUGACAUAGAGACCACUGGUGCCUGCUGGCAAAGCGUUCACUGCUUUAUAGCAGCAAAUCCUAACAGGCUUGACAAGCUCACUAUACCUUGCACAUAGCUUUCAUAGUAGUUAUCCAUAAAGAAUGCCAUGAGAGGUCUCAAAACCAUGGUCACGCUGGUCAUUAAUAGGGUUGUGAAAUGUAUGUACAGAUAUUAUGUGAGGGGUUAUAUGCCUGUACUAGAAAUAUGUUUAGAUUUGAUAUCAAGGUAUGAGUCACCAACCAAAGAGAAAGGCAGGUUUUCUUCCAAACAGGAGAUAAUAUGUGUCUCUCUCUGCCAAAAUGUAAAUUCAGAUUGUAAGUUAACGCAGUGGAAUCCCCAUCUACACAGGAAAUCAACAGAGCCAUGGGAAGUCAAUAGAGAAGAGCACACUGGAAAAAACAAGUAAUGGGGGAGUGAUAGCACCCCUGACUAGGGACAAUAAACUUUGGGAGAUACAGGAAGAAGACAAAAAGACACCCUUUUAUCCUGCACCUAGGAAGUAAAUGAACAGUGGUUUACAUUUGUGAAAACAGGAUCUCAACUAACCUUGGCUGAAACACUGCAAAAAAGACUUUGGGUAAAAUAAACUUCUUUAGAAAGGGGUUUGGCUUGUGAAGUUAAGAUGAGUCUCUAGAAAGCAUGUAUUCAUUUUCUUGUAUAUGUAUUAUGAUUUGGUUGCUCAUUUCUGUUCCCCCUGUUAUACCUUUCUACUCCUGGAAUGCCAAGCAUGGACACAAUAUUAUCCACUCAAACUGACCUAUUCACUUCUGCAUCUAACUUUGGACUCUCCAAGAUACCCAUCUUCAAACAAAUUAUCUAGCAUCUCAGCUUAGAAUUAUAAAACAGGACAAGAGUACAAUUUCCAAGCCAACAUAAUGUACUAUUUAAUAUGGUGUAACAUGCCUUGGUUAAUAAAACAAAAAAAAUGAAUUUAAAGAGGCUGAAGGUUAA